AUGUCCGUUGGUCAGACUACCGCUCCGGCACCGGCAGUUACGAAAGAUGCCAACUUCAAAGACAAGGACAAGCCCAGUUCUGUGCGUCAGAGCAACAUUGUUGCGGCCAAAGCUGUUUCUGAUGCAGUUCGGACAAGUUUGGGACCACGGGGAAUGGACAAGAUGAUCCAGGCUGGAAAUGGGGAAGUCACCAUCACUAAUGACGGUGCGACCAUCUUGGCUCAAAUGGCUGUCAUUCACCCUACUGCUAAAAUGGUAUGUUUAGAUUAAUGUUUUUGUGAUUUUAGAUAGUAAAUCAGCUACUUUUGGAGGGAUUUACGUUAUGAUCUAUUUUCUUCAUGUUUAAAAACCAAAGAUACUUGUAAAAUGGAAAAAUUUAAAGGAGUAACUGUUGAAAUACCGCUUUUCAGUUGGUUGAGUUGUCCAAAGCUCAAGAUAUUGAAGCUGGAGAUGGCACCACUACUGUUGUUGUUAUGGCUGGUGCUUUUUUGGACGCUGCUGAGAAGUUGUUGAACAAGGGAAUUCAUCCUACCAGAAUUUCGGACUCUUUCCAACGUGCUGCUGUCAAGGCCGAGCAAAUUUUGGAAAGAAUGUCGUAUCCUUUGGACAUUUCGAACGAUGAAGAGCUCAUCAAGUUGGCUACUACAAGUUUGAACUCAAAGGUUGUGUCUCAACAUUCAUGGUUGUUGGCUCCAAUGGCAGUCCAAGCCAUCAAGAAGAUCGUCGACGUUCAGGCUGAUGACAAUGCCAACUUGAACAUGAUCAAGAUUGUGAAGAAGCUAGGAGAAACUGUUGAAGAAUCAGAACUGAUCGAAGGUGCCUUGAUUGAGCAAAGAAGUAUGGGUCACGGAGGUCCAACCAGAGUUGAAAAGGCUAAGAUUGGUCUUAUUCAGUUCCAGGUUUCACCGCCAAAGACUAACGUGAGUUUUUAACAUUAUUUUGUGAAUUUUCUUUUAUGUUUUAAAGUUAUCAAAAUAUUUGUGAAAAAGUAGCAUUUUUCAUUAUGUGGCUUAUAAUUUUUGCAUUUCAGAUGGAGAACCAAGUGGUGAUUACGGAUUACGCACAAAUGGACAGAGCUUUGAAGGAAGAACGUGCUUACAUCUUGGAUAUCUGCAAGCAAAUCAAGAAGGCCGGAUGUAACGUUGUUCUCAUUCAAAAGUCGAUCUUGAGGUAGGGAGUGAACGACAUAUUUACAAUAUUAAUGCAUUAUUUUGUAAAUUUUUAACUUUUAUUUACUUUUUUUUUAAAUUGUUUAUUUUUAGAGAGGCUGUGUCAGAAACUGCGUUGCAUUACUUUGCCAAGAUGAAGAUCAUGGUAAUCAAAGAUAUCGAGAGAGAAGACAUCCAAUUCUACUCCAGAAUUCUCGGUUGUCGUCCAAUUGCUUCCAUCGAUCACUUCAACGCUGAAUCUUUGGGCUCUGCUGAUUUGGUUGAAGAGAUCACGACUUCUGGAUCCGAGAAGGUGGUCAAAGUUACUGGACUUCAUUCCACUGGUAAAGCCGUGUCAAUCUUGUUGAGAGGAUCAAACAAGUUGGUAUUGGACGAGGCCGAUCGUUCUCUCCACGAUGCUUUGUGCGUAUUGAGAUGUUUAGUUAAGAAGCGAGCUUUGUUGCCUGGUGGAGGCGCUCCAGAGAUGGAAGUUGCUGUUAAUUUGAGAAAGGAAGCCGAAACCAAGGAAGGAGCUGAACAAUACUGCUGGAAGGUAAGUUGAUUUUGAAGUUUACGGUAUUAAGUUAAUUUUUUUUUGAAAACACAAAUUUUAUUCAUAUAACAGUAAAUAAAAAGACUAAUGCUAUUUUGUAGGCGUUUGCCGACGCAUUGGAAGUCAUUCCAUACACAUUGGCCGAGAACGCUGGAUUAUCUCCCAUCACUACAGUUACCGAAUUACGGAAACAACACGCCGAUGGCAACAAGGACUAUGGAGUAAAUGUGAGGAAGGGCUUCGUUACCGACAUCAAGGAGGAGAAUGUGCUCCAGCCCCUGCUGGUCACACAAUAUGCCAUCAAACAAGCCGCCGAAUGCGUGAGAAGCAUCCUCAAGAUCGACGAUAUUGUAAGUUAUACCCAUUUUAUUUUUAUAUUUACAUUUUUAGGUAUUGGCGAUCCGCUAA